AUGCACGAAUCCAGUACCGGUGCCAGGAGGUUGUCAAUCCUCAAGCAGGAGAACGCCCAAGCUACUGUAGGUAUUACUAAGCCCAAUUGGACUGUGCCGCCCAUUCUUUGUGGCUGGUUUGGUGCCACAGAGUACUUGCUGUACUGUACGGAAACGGAGUACGGAGGACUUGAACUUGUACUCCCCGUACUCCGUACAUACGAGAACGGAGUACAGAAUGUACAUAAAGUACAGUACGACAACGGACGCAAUCGGCUAGUGGCGGCCGGGGCGGCACAAGGCUUGGCGGCCGUGACCGGCGCCCCCACUUCGGGACCGAGGCGGAGACGUCGUACCCGAGAGACGCGAGGCAGGUGCACUCGGAGCUCGUUCACCCCGAGAGCUCCUGCCCUCGUCGACGCGAGGCAGGUGCACUCGGAGCUCGUCCACCCCGAUAGCUCCUGCCCUCAUCGACGCAAUGCGGUGAGCGAUGCCGAUUCUGCCGUGCCGAGUCUGACCGCUCCGAUGGAUAUUCGUUCCUCAGGCAACGACGCACACAAGUCACGACACGUCGCCUCUUCUUCGAGACAGUCAUUUGUGCCCUCGCCAUCAUCGCAUCUCAUCACGGCAUCGUCACCGCCGAGCACCUACACGUCCGAGUACAGCAUGCCGCGACCGAGCAUAGCCAUCGUCGGCGCCGGCCCGGCUGGCCUCUGUCUCGGGGCUCUGCUGCACAAGGAGGGGAUUCCCUUUACCAUCUACGAGCUCCGCCAAAAGCCGACCGAGGAGGCCCUGUCGACGCCUUCGGGCAUGCUCGAUCUGCACCAAGAGUCGGGCCUCGCCGCCAUUCGAGCCUGCGGCCUCUGGGACCGCUUUCUUCCCCUGACGGCCGACUGCGGCGAGGACGACGUCAUCAUCGCCAAGGACGGCACCGUCGUCCACCGCGACGACGGCGGCAUCACCUACCGACCCGAGAUUGCCCGCAACUCUCUCGCCCACCUGCUCCUCUCCGCCACACCGCCGGCCGCGGUCCGCUGGGCGCACAAGCUUCUCGCCGCGACGAGGACUCGCGAGGGCCGGAUACGGCUCGACUUUGGCCCCGACGGCACGUCGGAGCACGACUUCGUUGUCGGUGCCGACGGCGCCUGGUCCAAGGUGCGGCCGCUGCUGACGGACGUGAAGCCGCAGUACGGCGGCAUUAGCUUCAACACGCUGCACAUCCUACGCGUGACCGAGAACCACCCCGAGCUCACCAGCAUGAUCGGUCCCGGCUCCUGCAUGAUCCUCGGCGACGCCAAGGGCCUCUUCACCCACCGCUGCACCAACGACUCGGUGUCUCUGUACGUCGCCGUCGCCGACGAUGACGAACGGCAUUGGGCCGACCAAACCCGCCAGCUUUCCCUCGCCGAACUCAAGAACCUGCUUCUCUCGAGCCCGAGUCUCUUUGCGAGCUGGGGCGAGCUGAACAAGAAAUUGAUCGCGAGCGCCUGCGACGGCGAGGUCGAGCUAUCGGGCCCCCUCGCGCCGCCCCUGAAGCCGCUGUACAUGCUGCCCGUUGGACAUCGGUGGGAGGCCAAGGCUGGCGUCGCCCUCGUCGGUGACGCCGCGCACCUCAUGAUGCCCUGGGCGGGCGAGGGCGUCAACCUCGCCCUGUGGGACGCUCUCGACCUUGCCGCCGCCAUCACCGGGGCUUGGCGGGCGUCGAGCGAUGACGCUUCCUUCUCGGACGCACUGACGACCCGCGUCGCCGACUUUGACAACCGCAUGUUUGCCCGCACGAAAAAGGCCGCCGAGGAGACCCUUUCCAACGCCCAGCUCAUUUUUGGCGAGAACGGAGCGCAGGCGCUGGCGGACUUGAUGGCGAGCUUUGGCCCUCGGCCGCCGGAUGCCGUCGUGGCCUGA